UAUCAAAUGAACAGUUAGCAGUUAACCUCCAAGCUGAGACGGUUCAAACCCGGUCCAGUUACAAAAAAAUAAAUAAAAUUUAAACGUAGAGCUUGGAACCCUGCGGUGUCGUCCCCGCCAGUGCCGCGCACACAGCAUCAGUGAGCCAAGAACAUGAAGUAACGCGACAACAUCAGCUGCUUGUAAUCACCUUUCUGCUUUUCUUUCUCAUCCUUGUCUCUCCUGGCUCUUGCUGGCAUAGAUUGACUUGAGAAUGGAAUACGUCAGCCCAGAAGGACUUCGCUUGGAUGGUCGCCGACCAAUGGAGAUGCGACAAAUUCGUGCAGAGAUUGGUGCUGUAUCCAAAGCAGAUGGUUCUGCCAUUUUUGAGAUGGGUAAUACCAAAGUUAUUGCUGCUGUUUAUGGCCCCAGAGAGGUGCAAAAUAGGAGCCAGCAAAUAAGUAGCCAUGCCCUGGUUCGGUGUGAGUACUGCAUGGCUAAUUUUAGCACUGGAGAUCGCAUGAGGAAAUCUAAGGGUGACAGGAGAUCAACUGAAAUUUCUCUGGUUAUCCGGCAAACCAUGGAAGCAUGUAUACUGACACAUUUAUUGCCUCGUUCCCAGAUAGAUAUUUAUGUCCAAGUUCUCCAAGCAGAUGGAGGAACUAGAUCUGCUUGUAUAAAUGCUGCUACUUUAGCCCUUGCCGAUGCUGGGAUCCCUAUGCGUGAUCUUGUAACUUCCUGUAGUGCUGGAUACCUUAAUAGCACCCCUCUGCUUGAUUUGAACUAUGUAGAAGACAGUGCUGGAGGGCCUGAUGUAACUCUUGGAAUUCUGCCGAAGCUGGAUAAAGUGACACUUCUUCAGAUGGAUUCUAAACUACCAAUUGACAUUUUGGAAAAUGUUAUGCAACUGGCAAUUGAAGGCUGCAAAGCAAUAGCAAACUAUAUUCGAGAAAUUUUACUGGCAAACACAAAGCAACUUGAGUAUCGAAGAGGUGUAUAGUUUUAUAGCAGAAGUAAUGUUUCCUAUUUGCUUCCAGUUUAUGCUCGCGCAUGAUUAUGAUUGCCAAUGCUCUCUGGUUUUUCCAGAUUUGUAGGUUCAUUCUUUCAGCAUUUUUGCGUUUUCAUUUUUUAUGAGAAUUCUCCUGUAUUUACUUGUUUCUCAUUUGUAGAGAGGUGACGGUAGCAUUUGUUUCUCAUUUCUACCAACCUAGUGCAUUGUUUGAAUUUUAGUUGAGAAUUCAAAAGUAAUUUUACACUGAGUAACAUUUUCUUCCUUUA